CGCCGCAGGAAGAUCAAGAAGCUCACCCCGCCGGGCCUGACCGCCCACGACGAGCGCGUCCUCCACACCGUCCGCCGCAAGGCCUGGCGGUAUGAGUGGUGGGUGGACUGCCACUGCUGCUGCGGCGUGCACGUGCAGUUCGGCACCGUGACCAUGUGGGGCCUGCUCCCCGUCGUCGGCGACUUCAUCGCCCUGCUCAACGCGCUGUCCCUCAUCCGCGCGGCGCGCCGCGUCGACGGUGGGCUGCCGGCUUUUGCGCUGGUCGCCAUGCUGGCGUGGGCGGCUGUUGACUUUGCCGUCAAGCUGGUGCCCAUCGUCGGGGAGGUCGUGACCGCUAUCGUGAAGCCCAACACGCGCAAUGCGAUGCGGCUCGAGGCCCUCCUGGCGGCGAGGGGCGCCAAG